CAAAAGCUGCUUCUAAUAAAAAAACACUUGUUGCUUCGGAAAGUAGUUGCAGUGACUCCAUUCCAGCGCGAUUUGCGGCCGCGGUAGCUGCUACUACAAAACGUAACAAACCAGAGCAUUGCUUUUCAGAAAAGCUCUACUCCGCACCACGAUUUCCAUUUGCGGUGCGGUUGACAACAUAGCUUAGUUUUUAAGUGUUUACUGAAUCUAGCUAUACGCGUGUUGAGGUGAAAUCAGAGAAAAAUGAAAACGCUAUCUGAACGUUGUGAAUCAUCUAAGGAGAUAUCACUCUCCAAAGCUACCAAAAUUCUCUCCAAAUUUGUCUCCGCUGACAAUGGUGCUUUACAAGUCGUCAAUGCAUAUCUCCACCGUGCUUCCGCGGCUUUCAACGAGCUUAAUCAGUUUCACAGGGAGCUUAGACCAUCACAGUCUCAUAGGAAGAAUUGCGGAAGCCACACAUCAGAUAAUAGCGGGAGAGUGGUGGAAAAUCAUGCUAAGCGUGUUGAUGUGAAAUAUGAGAAUGGGUUUGGAAGAGAAAGGGUUCAUGAUGAGAAUGGUGAUGAAAAGCUGAUUUGGAAUGAUGUUAAAUUGGGUCAAGAACUUAAUGGUUCUGUUUUGGGUGGAAGUGAGAAGCAAAAGAUAAAAAGAAGAAGGAUGAAUUUGGUGAUAGGGAGGGUGAUGGAAAACUAUCUAAAAGGAAACAAAAUGAAACUGAAUCAGAGCAGGGCAAUGAAGUUCGAAGAAGUAGGAACGGAGGAGGGAAAGAAGCAAAAGAGAGAGAAGAAGAACAAGAAGGACACAAAUUUAGAAGGUGAGAAUGCAAAGGAAAAAGAACAGAUAGAGGUAGACAAAAAACUUAGCAACAGUGUGAGGAGUGAAAAUGGAGGGUUAGUUGGUUCUCGGGAAAUUGAAACUGAGAAUAAAUUACAUGCUGAAGAGGUAAAGACGGAGCAAAGGAAGAAGAGGAAGAAUAAAAACGUGGAAGAAGUAUAAAAAUAAAUGAUACUUUGAAUAUUCCUGUUGAGGAUGGAUUCACCUUUGUAUUGCCGUGCUCCUGGAGAAGUGUUUGAUUUUGCAUGAGUGGGUUGAGGAUUUCAUUUAAUUCUAGUUGGUUUUGUUUAGGCACUACUUGCCUACAUGGCUGUUAUAUAUGUUGUAUAUCAUAGACCUGUAGGCAUUAAAGCCAUUGCACAAAGGGUUCAUGGUUUUGCUGGUUUGUUUGCUCUUGGCUUAAAGAAACUCGGAAGACCGGAAGUUCAAGAUCUUGCCUUAUUUGACACUAUGAAGGCUAAGAGUUAAGAGUUCAAAUGACAAAGCUAUUGCAGAUGCUGCUACCAAAAUUGAAAUCAACUUCCGAGUUGAAGAUGGAAGAUGGAAUCACCAUCAUUGUUGCCUUUGAUAAAACUACCAUAUUAGAGGAUGUUGAUAAGUUUUUCAAAGUUUUUGCUAGGGGUAAGCCUGAUGGUUUUAAUCAUAUUGAAUCUGUUGGAAAAGUACUGGAUGGCAGAUAAACUAGUUGAUAACUAAUGAACCGAUAGCGGAUAAGAUAACAGUUUGAAUUUGAAAUAUUUGAAAAAACUUGUAGUUGAUCUAAUUGAUAAAUAUAAAAAUAAACAAAAAAUUAAUAUGUAUAUAUUUUCAAUUAAGAUAAUGAUGGUAAGAAUAAGAAAAAAGUUAUAUAAGCUCAAAUUCUAGUUGAAGUAGGAACUCCAAAAAUGCUAUAAUCUGGUGGGAAAACGCUUUGAACUCGAGAGAAGAUUGUUAUCAAACUCUGUCUCUACCUUGGUCAUACAAGCUUAUACGCAAUAAAGUAUAAGCUAGAGGUUUAGACUUACAAAACACAGCCAUUGUAUAUUUUUUUUUUGCACAGACAUCCAUUGUAUCAUGAUUCCAUCUAAAGUUUUAUUCGUGCACAGGUCUCAUUCACAGCUGCAUCUCUUGCACCAGAGUUUCAGAAUGCAAUUCCUUCUGGAAUUGUUAGGGAGAUCCCUUAUCUGACACAACCUAUCUUUGACGCAUAUAUCCCUUUUCACAAAAAUUUCAACUUAUGUAGCUGAGUUUUGUUAGCAUACUACACUUUUAUUUCAUUUGAUUUUUACUUUAUAGGUACCAAACCGAGCAUGGUUUACUCAGCUACAUUCAUUGGCUACAACCAAAAGAUCUCUCACAUUGCCUCGGUAUGAUCCCACUUGGAUCUUGCAUUUAUGGUUCUUUUGACAUAGGAUUGGUUAUGAUCUCUCAAUAGUGUAAAAUAUUUUGCAUUGACAGUGUAUAAAAAUAAAUUCCUUUUGGGUCACUGGUAGGAUAUUAAAGAUUAUCAUUUGUAUUGAUUUAACAUUAUAUUUUUCAUUUCAUCUGAUUAUAGUUAGCCUCAAUUGUGUUGUUUUCUCUUGCUAUGUAUUUAGAAAAGAUGCAAUGAUCUUCAUAGAUUAGUGACAGUAAGUAAUGCAUGUCAAUGAUCUUCUAGUGAAGUUGCUAACCAUGGAAUUCCUGAACCUGAAAAUGCUCAACUCUUUGGUAGCAUCUCACCUGUGCCUUGGGGUUCAGCACUCAUAUGGCCAAUCUCUACAUAGCCAUGAUGGGUUCUCAAGGACUCACUGACGCAUCUAAGAUAGCGAUUUAGAAUGCAAACUACAUGGCGAAGCGAUUAGAGGUUUAAACCGUCAUAAAUUAUAUUUAUUUUUCUUUUCAUAUAUGUCAUAUACCAUGAAGGUUUUAUACUUAUACUUUGACUUCUAUAGCAAAACGUCGCAUGGACUUAUAGAUUUCACAUACCAACCAUUUCAUGGACUGUGAAAGGUAUGAUUUUGAGCCUAGUGAUAGUGAUAGAUAGGUAUGUAGAUAUGGAUCUUCCUAGGAAGAAAAAAAACCUUGUUUGUGUUUCUUUUGCUUUGCAUUUUCUAUUGUGUAAUCUUUUCUGAUUCAACUCAACAUUGUUGCACUCUGAGUUAGA